GAGGAAUCCAUUGGACGUUCCAGAUGAAAACAUUUUUCGCGAUUCGCCUUCAUGAUUCAUCGUGUCUCUUGUGGAAGUCUGGGACUUCUGCCGCACUGCCUUCUUCCCCGAGCCCUAGCAAAUCCGCCGUUGAUGGCGGACGACUGGCUCUGCUCUUGAACGAAGCCCUGCUUCACCCUUACAUUUCCCGCUUCCCCUCCUCGUUUGUCGCCGCAAUCAUCUUCCAUGACGCCCUCCCCCCUGAUCCAUGCACUUCGGACCCGAUUCAGGGAAGCGAAGGUCGGAGUGGAGGACAACGACCGGUCUGUAUUCCUCCUUUGCCCCUGUCUCGCUGUCCGCAUCUUACUCCUCCUCGCGGCUUUCAUUGUGCUCGCCGUCAAGUUUCGCCUCUUCUGCCGUGGUCUCUUCCGACCCACGCUCGCCCGCCUCAUCCUCACGGACAAGUGCCACCCUUCCACCCGAACGCCGCAUCUCGAUUCUACUGCGCCUCGUCUUCUGCCUCCGAUUCGGAUGCGGAUUCUAGCAGCGAGGUCCCCUCGCGUCCAUCCGACGCGAAGGAGGCGGAGCGCGUUUGUAAAGUGAUUGACGACCUCUUGCUCUCUGAUCGGAGCAUGGAGGCUGUGCUUGAUAAUUCCAUGGUCGACCUCAACUCCUCUCUCGUGGUUAACGUCCUCCAACGUUUCCGACACGCCCACAAGCCAGCUUACCGGUUCUUCCGUUGGGCCCAUGGGCGCCCGGGCUUCUCCCAUGACUCUGAGACCUACACGAAGAUGCUUAGCGUUCUCAGUAAGACGAGGCAGUUUGAGACGAUGAUGGAGUUUCUGGAAGAAAUGGGCAGGAAGGAAUUCUUAAAUAUGGACGCUUUCAAGAUUGCGAUUAUUGGUUUUUCAGCCGCUCGUCAGAUAAAGAAAUCAUUGGCCAUUUUUCAGCUGAUGAAAAAAUUCAACUUUAAGGCUGGACAAGAGACAUUCAACUGCUUGAUCGAAGCUUUAGCGAAAGUAAAGCUCGGGAAGGAAGCUCAAGCACUCUUUGACAAGAUGAAAGAUCAGUACCCACCCGACCUCCGGACCUAUACCUUUCUCCUCUCAGGGUGGUUCAAGUUGAAGAAUCUCACGGAGGCUAGUAGAGUCUGGAAUGAGAUGCUGGAUAUGGGAUUCGAGCCAGAUGUUGUUGUAUAUAAUACAAUGAUCGAUGGCUUGAUUUUGGGACACAGGAGAUCAGAUGCAAUCAAGCUUCUCGAGCUCAUGAAAGCUAAGGGCCCAGCUCCAAAUUCUAGGACAUACACAAUCGUGAUACAAGACCUCUGCAAGGCUGGGAAGAUGGAUCUUGCAGUCAAUCGUUUCCAGGAAAUGCUGGAUGCAGGAUGUGCCCGGGAUGUUGUAACCUACACUUGCUUGAUUGUGGGGUUUGGAAAUGAUCGGCAAAUGGAUAAAGUUUCUUCGCUGCUGAGUGAGAUGACUGAGAAAGGAUGCCCACCGGAUGCUCGGACAUACAAUGCCUUGAUUAAACUCAUGACUAACAGAAACAUGCAGGGUGAUGCUGUUAGGAUCUACAAGGAAAUGAUUAAAAAGGGCUUUGAGCCCACAAUUCACACAUAUAAUAUGCUUAUGAAAUCUUGCUUCCAUGGAAAUAAUUAUCUGAUGGGUUGUGCUGCGUGGGAAGAGAUGGGACAUAAGGGUAUUUGCCCAGAUAUAAAUUCUUAUACUGUCUUUAUUGGAGGCCAUAUACGCCACGGAAGGCCAGGAGAGGCAUGCAAAUACUUGGAAGAGAUGAUAAACAAAGGAAUGCAAGCUCCUCAGAUAGACUACAAUAAGUUCGUAGCUGAUUUUGCUAGGAUGGGAAAUCCUAAUAUACUAUAUGAUUUGGCACAGAAGAUGAAUUUCUCUGGGAAGUUUAAGGUCUCCAAUGUCUUCCAUGGUUGGGCAGAGAGAAUGAAGAAGAGAGUCAUAAGGCGAAGACCCAAUCAGACUGGAAGACGUCUUUUCUAAGACUGACUGAUCAAGACAAGCAUACUUAAACUAAGAGAAACCUUAACUAAGGCUACUUGGAAGAUGUUGAUGUAACAUAGCUGAGUUUCUUCUUCUGUUUUUGGCUAUGGAUACACGCUCAUACCGAAUCCCAUUUAUGACCUUGUUUUGGCAUUGCAUACUAACUAAACAGCCGGUACAGGUUUGAACAUUCGAUGCCUCUUUUAUUUCUUUCCUUUUUUCUUUUACUUUUAAGCUGCUCAUAAAGAAGAAACGGAAGGGCUGUUUCAUUAGCUAUGGCCAUCAGUACCUCAAUACAAGUGAAAUUUACAAAUAUACUGCCUCAGCACUGUGUUAAUAGAAACAAGGUGCCAGAGACUGAAGAAAGAUUGGGAAAUUAAGAACGAUACAAAUGUGUAGUCAUAAACUUAUUUGAAUUCUGUGCUCGUCGUAGUGCUCUUCCAAAUUUCCUCUCUGCGUGGAGAAAAUUUCUUCGAUCUGUAGAACGAUUACAAUAAAAACUCGAAGAUAGCAAACAAGAGAAAAUAGGGAAGUAGAAGGAGGAAUAAAAUAACUUACCUGAAGCUGCUGCUGCUGUAGGUUAUCUUCUUGUUCCGCUUCCUGUAAUGCUGCAAUGAACCGCAUUACCAAGUAGAGUGGCAGAAGGAUUCCACUGGCUCUCAGUAGGAACACCUGUGAAACAGACAUGAUCUUAACUAUUUUGACUCAGAUUUUGUCCGAUACUUACAGUGAGAAUGGUGAAUGCAUAAUGAUCCUCCCCAGCGGUCAUCACACCAACGAGGUUUCUAACCAACAAGACAACAAUGAACUGAAAACAAAUCAAAGCAAAUCAUCAGUUACAACAAAGCCCAACCGGCUUAGAAUGUGACUCGUCGAACAUACAAUGAGGGCGACCGAUCGGAAGUACGACACCCGAAAGCUGGACGCCGGCGAGCACUCAGCGUAGUCGGAAUCUCCAUCGUCAUUGACGUAAACAAACUCCGGGUUCCGAGGGUCAUAAUUGAUCCUGGGAACUUCCAAGCUUCCUCUGCCAAAGAAUGAACGCAGCUGCUUAACUAACAAUCAUAUGAAAGUAAUUACUGAUGUGCUGUGUGGUGUGCACAUGCAUCUCAACUGAGAAUGUGGUCAUUAUUUUUUGGGCCCCACUAUAUCCAUAAUUGAAAGCAGGAGUAGGGUUGGAACAUGGGAGAAGGCUGCAAACACAAGGAGGAGAAGAGUUGCAGAGGUAUGGGCCAGUAAGCCACCCACAAUAAAGCCAAAGACUUCAAAUUCAAACAAGAAAGGAAAAAAAAAUGUGCUCAGCAAUCAGCUCCAAUGGAACAGGACACGAGGGGGGAGGCCCAAGAAAUGUGAUACUGACAAAGAAAAAGGGGGAAAAAAAUUUACAGCGAGGUGAAGAGAGUUUAAGCUACCUGAUCGUCACUUCCACAUCCACCAAGGCCUUCUUCUGAUUGACGGUGUAUCCAGAACAUGUGAUUCUUGAGGAGGACAUCAUAUCGAUCGAUCGAGCUAGAAAUUGUGCUCAGCCGGCAGGAACACUGACCUGAAGGCAAAUCUCGCAGACAACGCUUCCCUUCUCAUAGCACCAUCUCUGUAUGCAUUCCCUGUGAGCAAACUGGAAUCGAACGCAAGAUCAGACCUUUACGCAGAAACCGCCGUCGCGAGAAGACGAGAAGGGAAGGAAAGGCCUGACCUUGAGCGUGCCGGAGCAAGCGCAGGGGGAUUCCAUGGCGGUCGACCGUUCUUCCUCUUCCUCGUGGCAAAUCCUGCAGAGGCACACGGUAACGGCAGCGGCGGCAGCAGGAGAGCAAACGGAAUCCUGUUGAUGAAGAUGAUCGUGAUCAUCUAUCAGAAAUCUGAUCUCUUCUCGCCCUGCAAACUCCAUCCCUCUUCUUCCUUCUCCCCUUUUUUUUUCCAGUAAAUUAAAUCGGUAGCCUGUUCUUGGUGCUGGAAGAUAUAAAUAAGGAUGGGAAAUCGGAGGGAGAAAAGGACGGAUAUGUCCUCAUCAAUCGGCAAGCGAGUAGAUAGAUAGAGGAAGAAGAAGAGAGUCUCGUGUUGUUGGUCUACGAUUGGAACUUGGAUUUGGAUUGAUAAACAGUUGAGAGUCUGACCACCAAAGUUGAAAUUGAAAUGUUCCAAGUUGAAUUGUUC